AUGCCAACCUUCACUCCAACAAAGGAGACUACCUGCCGCGAGCUACUCACAGAGCUGGAGCAGUUACCGGCCUCCGACCGCCGUUCUUUCGAGUCAAUUACCCUUCCUCGGGACCUAAUGUUCUCUAACGAUGACGAAGAUCGCUGGGCCCGCGGAUUAGGAUUGGCCUCCAGAUCAGAAUUGACCUCCGGAUUAGAAUUGGCCUCCUUCCUCUUGGCCUGGAAAGAAUUGCAAGUCAUCACAAUAGCAAUGCCCGACGACCUGCGUGCCUCCUCCACACGCAACGGCGAUCACAAUUCCUGGUCAUGGGACCUCCAUAGUCCCCUCCUAGCCGCCUUCAUGCAAGGCCGCUGGCGCGAACUGCGGCUGCUCCAUCCCGACCGCUGUCAGGACAUGUCCGUCUUUGACUUCUAUAACAUGAAAUCCGUUACGAAGUGGAUCCUUCCCAUCGGAGCACGCCGCCAAUUGCAAUGCCUCGAAUCUCUUGAAGCAGCUUAUGUGUCUGACGAGGACGUGUCUGAGGAGGAUGUGUCUGAGGAGGACCGCAACGCCCGCCGAGACAGGGCUUUCCAGCAGUCCGUGGCCAAACAACAUGCUGACCGUGAGAAGAUAUGGGCGUCGCGGGGGAUCAUCUGCCAGCGAGAGGAUCCUCCAAACGAGUCCGGCACCGUCAUAGCAAUCCGAUGGAGGGAACCCUGGAUGCAAGAAGAACGCCGCAAAGCAGCGCAGGCAAAUCCAACAGACCCACUGGAUCAGAUCCAUGGCAUUUCCUGGAAGUUUUGGAUCCCGUACGAAUUACCACCAUUCCUCGAAGUGCUAUACCGUUACGCCGUGGUCCUCUGCAAGAAGCACGGGAGCUGUUUUGCCGAGGAUACCCUUAUCCUCCACUUAAUUCAACACCAUGGUGUUGAUGAGAAUGAUGCUCGACUCGUCACUUCGCACAAACUUGUGGCCUAUGACUCGGCGAAAACCUGGGACAAGGUGGUCCAUCCUCAGGAUAACAUCAAGGCUAUUCCUGAUCUUCCGGUAAUCGAGGCUUACGCCUGCUCCGAGGCUUCUUGUUCGUAUCACACGGUGUUCUUCCGUGACUUUAUGGCUCAUUCUAAGAAAUCGAACCAUGACAAUUAUGAAACGCGCGAGGAGUGUUUCCAAACCUUAUCCACUGAUCCCGACAAACUGGGGUUGUUUAAGGUGUCUUCGCCGGAUGACUUCUCAUUCCCUCUCCCGGAGGUCGAGUUGAGGGGACAGAAGGGACACAAGGGCCACAAGGGACACAAGGGACACGAUGGACACAAGAAACACGAUGGACACAACAAACACGAUGGACACAAGAAACACGAUGGACACAAGAAACACGAUGGACACAAGAAACACAAGGGACACAAGGAACAGAAGGGACAUGAUGUUAAGCUAGAGAUCUAUGCCAUCAACACUGAAGCGCUCAGGUGA